AGAGGGGCGGGUUGUGCUGUUCACCUCUGAGUGCUGAGCAUGUGAGGAGAGCUGAGGGUGUCAGUCAGGCUGCUGUGGGGGUCCCUGAGGGUUUUUGAGGGUCUCGGAAUGUUCAGGUGUAAUCUGUUACUGUCUGUUCGCCCAGAGAAGCCCCUCCCCUCAUGCUGACAGGUAGAGGAGAUUAUUACACACCUGCUGCUGCUGAUAAGCAUGCUGCACCCCUCCCACCUGCUGAGGACUGCUGCCCAGCUUCUUUCCAGAUCAGGUGCCUUCAGGUGUCCGUGCAGGAAUGUGUCGGUAAAGACGGGAGGAUGGAAGACAAAGAAAGUUCCUCAACGAUACCUGGGGCAGCCGAGCCCCUUUACACACCCCCACCUCAUCAAACAUGGUGAAGUAACUCCAGGUUUAACUCAGACUGAGUUUGAGUUGCGACGGCAGCGUCUGGCGUCUCUAAUCGAGGCUCACUCCGUGCGCCUGUCCGGCCCCAGUCGAGCCUCUGACUCCUCCCACAUCGUCAUAGUCCUAUCACACCCCACCCGCUACAUGACCAAUGACAUCCCGUACCCCUUCCACCAGAACCAGGACUUCCUGUACCUGACAGGUGUUCUGGAGCCGGACAGCGCUCUGGUCAUGUUCGGUUCCGGACGGCCGGACCACGCCGCCCUGUUUGUACCUCGCAGAGAUCCUGCCCGCGAGCUGUGGGACGGGCCUCGUUCAGGACGAGAUGGGGCAGCUGCCUUGACGGGACUGGAGAGGGUUCACUGUAUUGAGGAGCUGGGUACGGUCCUAAAAAGCCUGAAAGGAGGGACGGUGUGGUAUGACAGUUCGCAGCCCUGCCACCCCCGCCUGCAUCAGUCCCAUGUGCGCCCCCUGCUGGAGGGUGGGGCCAUUGCCCGCUCUCUGCGGCCGCUCACUCACUCACUGCGAGCCAUCAAGAGCCCUGCUGAGGUGGAGCUGAUGAAGGAGGCGGGACGUAUCACUGCACAGGCCUUUAAGAAGACCAUGGCGUUGUGCAGAGGAGACAUUGACGAGGCGCUAAUCUAUGCUAAGUUUGAUUUUGAGUGUCGGGCGCAUGGUGCUAACUUCUUGGCGUACCCUCCAGUGGUUGCUGGUGGAAAUCGAGCUAACACUCUUCACUACAUCAACAACAAUCAGAUCAUUAAGGAUGGAGAGAUGGUGUUGUUGGACGGAGGUUGUGAAUACUAUGGCUAUGUCAGUGAUGUCACACGCACAUGGCCGGUCAAUGGAAAGUUCAGUGAGGCCCAGCGGGAGCUGUACGAGGCCGUGCUGGAGGUGCAGCUGGGCUGCCUGUCUCUCUGCUCCCCCGGCGUCAGUCUGGACCACAUUUACACCACCAUGCUCACCCUGCUGGCCAAGCAGCUCCGACAGCUCCGAGUGCUACCUCACAGUGCCGACGAUGCAGACGCCAUCAAGGCUGCUCGGCGGUUCUGUCCUCAUCAUGUCGGUCAUUAUUUGGGGAUGGACGUCCAUGACACUCCUGAACUGUCCCGCUCUCAGCCCUUACAGCCAGGCAUGGCCAUCACGAUCGAGCCUGGGCUUUACUUCAGCGAGGAAGACGAGUCGUGUCCGGAGAGGUUCCGGGGUCUUGGGGUGCGAAUAGAAGAUGAUGUGGUGAUCCGAGAAGAGGGGGGACCGCUCAUCCUGUCCGAACACACACCAAAAACAGCGGCGGAUGUGGAGAGAGCCUGCGCACAGAGAGAAUGAUGAGGGUGGAGGGCAGAAGCUCUAAUGUUCACCACAAACUCCACUUGCACCUUCCCUCUUUUGUGCACUACGUUUCUAGCACUCUUUCCUUUCUUUUCUGCCUUUAGGCACGUCCAGUUUGAAUGAGGAGGAACGCUAUACAGAGCAGAGCGUUUAGGACGUUUUUAAAAGCCAAUAUACACUGAGAACUUGAGGAGUCAGCAGCUGAAAACGAGACUGUGCAUCAGCAGGGUUUGUGUGUGUGUGUGUGUGUGUGUGUGUGUGUGUGUGUGUGUGUAUAUGUGUUAGCAGUAUUGAUGACUGUGAUGGCAGCACGAGAGUGAAUAACUUUGUCUUGGUCAAAUAAAUAAGCCAAUCGUUUUUUUGCCUGUUAGAAAUAAUAAAUAAUAAUAAUUCCCAUUAUUGGUCAUUAGAA